AUGGAACUCGCACACUCUAGAAAGCCCUUUGUAGGUGGAAACUGGAAGAUGAAUGGCACUCUGCUGAAAAUCAAACAGGUAGCUGCAGAACCCUGCAAAAGGUGCCCUCGGCUUCUCACUUUCGUAGUGGAUAUUGUGAUUGCUCCACCGACCCCAUUUCUUGCUCCAGCUAUGAAUACAUUUCCUGGGGCCAUCAUGGCGGUUUCUGCACAGAAUCUGAAUGAAAAGGCUUCUGGUGCAUUCACAGGCGAGCACAGCGCUGAAAUGCUUCGUGAGCUUGGCGUGACGUGGACCAUCGUGGGACAUUCAGAGCGCCGUUCCCUUUUUUGCGAGAGCGAUGAGCUUGUGUGUGCGAAAACCGCAAGUGCUGUCAAUAGCGGGCUCUCUGUGAUCUUCUGUUUUGGGGAACCUUUGGAGACACGUGAAGCAGGAAUGACUUGGGAGUAUGUAUCGGCCCAGCUUAAAGCCCUCUUUGUAUCGAUUGAAAAGGCGUGGGAUGCCGCUGCACGCACAAAGAUCCUCGAACGCCUCCUGUUGGCCUACGAACCGAUCUGGGCCAUUGGCACAGGUCGAGUUGCCACACCUUCACAGGCGCAAGAGAUACAUGCACUGAUUCGCAAGUCAUUGGCAGAGAAUCUCGGUGUGGAGGUUGCAUCGCAGAUCCGUAUCAUCUAUGGUGGCUCUGUGAACGCCAAGAAUUGCGAGGUCCUCUCCACGCAACCAGAUAUUGACGGCUUUCUUGUUGGCGGCGCCUCUUUGACGUCUGACUUUGCUACUAUCGUCCAGGCUUCGAUGUCAACUAGUUCGUGA